AACUCCCAUAUCACCUUUCAUCGUCUUCCAUCAUUUUUCGUCUUAUAGCAAUCUCUUCAUAAUUUCUUGGCUCAAGAUUCUUAUGGCGUUUCAAUUUCAAUCUCGUCUUCGAGUUUGGAAGAUUUUGUCUUCAACAAUUCGGAAAUGGGAAAGAGAUUUUCCUCUGCUCCACGAUUCAUUGCGAAUGCCGAAUUUCUCACUCUCGCCGGCGCAAUCUCGCUGUUUUGCCUCCAAUUCCAUCGAUGACGAUUGGGCCUUCUCAAAGUCCGAGCCAAGAACCAGCCCUCCGCAGCGGCGUUCUCCUCCUCCGGAUCAUCGCGAAGCUCGUCGAGUUCCCAAUUUCAAUAAGGAAGUAUCUGCGCCUUUCCCUGAUGAUAAUCGGAAUCAACGCUUUAAUAGACGUUCGGAAGGUUCCUCUUCUCGAUUCGCAAAUGAAGCGUCGAUUUCGCGGCAAAGGAAUGAGUCUUUAACUCAGAAGGAUUUUAGCUUUCUUGAAAGAUUCAAGCUGAACACUGAUAAUCAGAGUAGUAGUAUAGAGAAGACUGAGGAGAGUUCUUCUGCUCGGUUAUCUGAAUCAAUGCAGGAGAAGCAGUCGCAACCGCAGCGUCCUCCAGAAGCCGAUGAGAUAUUCAGGAAAAUGAAGGAGACUGGUCUAAUUCCCAACGCUGUCGCUAUGCUUGAUGGACUCUGUAAAGAUGGGCUUAUUCAAGAAGCAAUGAAGCUAUUUGCUUUGAUUCGUGAAAAGGGUACAAUUCCAGAAGUUGUGAUUUACACUGCUGUCGUUGAUGGGUUUUGCAAGGCGGAGAAGCUUGAUGAAGCAAUUAGGAUUUUCAGGAAAAUGCAGAAUAAUGGUAUUCCUCCUAAUGCCUUCAGUUUCGGUGUCUUGAUACAGGGAUUAUACAAAUGCAAAAAAUUAGAGGAUGCUGUAGCUUUUUGUAUUGAGAUGUUAGAAUCUGGGCAUUCUCCAAAUCUAAACACUUUUGUUGGCUUAAUUGAUGAGUUAUGCAAUGAAAAGGGCGUGGAUGAAGCUCAUAGUGUCGUAGAAACCUUGAAGCAAAAGGGGUUCUUGAUUAAUGAGAAAGCUUUAAGAGAACUUUUAAAUAAAAGAGCUCCAUUUUCACCACAUAUCUGGGAAGUGGUCUUUGGGAAGAAGAAUAAAAAGGAAUUUUUCUGAGAUUGUUGUCGUAGUUUACAAGUUGUGAAGAUACCAAUCAUAUCACUGAGAAGAAGCCACAAGUUGAAAACAUUGGAACUCAGUAGCCAGAAUGUAAUGAUUGUGUUGAAGAAUAAAAUACUGGUUGAAGAGCGAACAAUGCAACUAUUGAAAUGAGCUCUAAAAGCAGGUCAAGUUUGGGGAACAAAAACUUGUGCAGUCAAGUUCAUCGACCGUUGUGAAAGACUGUGGAUCAAUCGGCCUGGAAGAGAUUAGCUACGGUUUAUGAUGGAUAUUUUUUGCAAGAUUGAACAUCAGAAAAUGUGUUAAAUUUGCCAUUUACCUCUUAGAUUCUUUUUUUAACAACAAUUAUGUAAAGUUAUGAAUAUUUCCUUGCUUCCUACCACUAAUGACUAUAGAGAGAUUGACAUUUUUUUUUCCAA